GAGCUGUUCAUCCUCUUCCCUCGUUUGGAACCUUGCCAUCUAAUGAUGCCUGCCUCUCUCGUCAACAAAGCUUGUGUCAGCGAAAGGUUCUGCUUCCGAAGGCACCCUUCCAAGGGUUAAACAAUGGCGAAUGAGACAGCAGUAACAGUGACGCCAUGCGCUUCGGAAGAUGGCCGGCAAGUUGCACCCGUGAAGCCAGGAAUCGCGCAGCGUAAUGCUCGGGAACUGCGCGCACUCGUUUGAGUCAUGGGGAGCGGUGGAUACGGGAAUUCUUUUCUGAGGCAACCGAGCGGUGGCGGUGAGGGAUGGAGCUCCAAGUCGGCGAGGGGGUCGAGGAGGUGGGGGAGGAAGAGCCGGAGGGAGAGGGAGGAGGCCCCGAGCUGGUGGGGGGAGACCGGCGGUGGGAUGGUGGCCAAGAAGAGAGUGCUUGUGGUGAUCGACCACAGCGCGAGGGCCAAGCAUGCCAUGAUGUGGGCGUUGACCCAUGUGGCUAACAAGGGCGACCUCCUAACCCUUCUCCAUGUUGUUCCUCCCGAUCCCCACCAACACCACCACCACCACCACAGGGGUGGAGGAGAGGAUGAUGUUCCCAACCUCGCAAAAUCUCUUGGCACCCUGUGCAAGGCCUGCAAGUCCGAGGUGGAGGUGGAAGCACUGGUCAUUCAGGGACCCAAGCUGGCAACUGUGCUCAGCCAAGUGAGGAAGCUGGAGGCUUCCGUUCUGGUGUUGGGUCAAUGCAAGCCGUCUCCACUCUCUUGCCUGUUGCGGAGCAGCAGCGAGGAGUUUGUGGAGCAGUGCAUCAGCAACGCCGAUUGCCUGACGCUUGCAGUGCGGAAGCAGAGGAGAGGAGUGGGUGGCUACUUGAUCAGCACUCGGUGGCAGAAGAACUUCUGGCUCUUGGCCUAAGAAACAACUCUCUCUCUCUCUCUCUCUCUCUCUCUCAUCUGCUAGCUGGUAAUGAUCCCUGCUCAUGUAAAUGAAAGGCCCUCAUCUCACCUCAUCCAACAUCUGCUACUGUUGAAUGCCCUUCUUUUCCUACUUUUUCAUUCUUGUUAAAUUGGUGCUCAUUUGUAAUCUCAACAAUCGACUCAACCUUAAGAACAUCAUUCCCUUCUCAAAUAUUAGAAUCAACCUUAAGAAUC